AGGACCUUGAGUACAAAAUAAUUGUAUUUCUGAAGACUGAGCUGGAAAAGUUUAAGAAAAUUUUAAAAAAAGAGAACACACAAUACUUUGUCCAGGAUUUUAUAGAGGACAUGUGCAGUGUCAAAGAAGCAGCUCUUGAUAUCACACUUUACUUUCUAAAAAGUAUGAAGCAAGAUAAACUUGCAGACACUCUAAAAGAUGAGCUGGUCUUCAUUAAUCAACGACAACUUAAAUCGAACCUGAAGAAGAAGUAUCAGUGUGUGUUUGAGGGAAUUGCAAAGCAUGGUGACUCUACACUUCUGAAUAGCAUCUACACAGACCUCUAUAUCACUCAGGGUUGUAGUGAACAGGUCAAUUAUGAACAUGAGAUUAGAAAGAUUGAAGUUGCUGCCAGGCGUCAUGAAACACAAGAGAUACAGGUUGAAUGCACAAAUUUGUUUGAAGCACCUGAACAAGACGAGAUCAGAACUGUAUUAACUAAAGGAGUUGCUGGCAUCGGAAAAUCAGUCUCUGUGCAAAAGUUUGUUUUGUUUAAAGCACCUGAACAAGACAAGAAGAUCAGAACUGUGUUGGCAAAAGGAGUUGCUGGCAUCGGAACAUCAGUCUCUGUGCAGAAGUUUGUUCUGGAUUGGGCCGAAGGAAAAGAAAAUCAAGAUAUCAGCUUCAUAUUUCCUCUUCCAUUCAGAGAGAUUAACUUAAAAGAGAAAAAAAAACAAGGUUUGAUGAGCCUUGUAAGUCAGUUUUUCCCUGAGACAAAAGGACUGAACCUUACAAGAAGGAAUCAAUUCAAAGUCCUUUUCAUCCUUGAUGGAUUGGAUGAAUGUCGUCUUCCUCUAAACUUUGAUGGUAAUGACACGUGGUGUGACGUUUCAUCACCAGCCUCUCUGGAUGUUCUCCUCACAAACCUCAUCAAGGGAAAUCUGCUUCCUUCUGCUCUCAUCUGGAUCACCACCAGACCAGCAGCUGCCAGUAAGAUUCCUCCUGACUGUAUCGACCGGGUAACAGAGGUCAGAGGUUUCAAUGAUGCACAAAAAGAAGAAUACUUCAAAAAAAGAUUCACUGAUCAGAAUCAGGCCAAAGAAAUCAUUGAUCAUGUUAAACAAUCAAAGAGUCUCUUUAUUAUGUGCCACAUCCCAGUCUUCUGCUGGAUUUCAGCCACUGUUCUCCAGAACAUUUUGGAGGAGAAAAGAAAUAAUGAUCAGAAAAACAAUCAGGCUGGUGAUGCCUCCAAAACACUGCAGAUAUCAAAUACUGAAGACAUUCCUAAGACUCUGACACAAAUGUACACACACUUUCUCCGCUUUCAGAUCCAGCAGAGCAGACGAAAAUAUGAUGGAGAAUACACACCAGAUGUUUCCUGGGAUAAAGAUGCCAUUCUGUCACUGGGGAAACUGGCAUUUCAACAGCUGGAAAAAAACAACCUGAUCUUCUAUGAAUCAGAUCUUGAAGCCUGUGGUAUUGAUGUCUCUAAAGCAUCAGUGUACUCAAGCAUGUGUACCCAGAUCUUUAAGGAGGAAACGGGGAUCAUUCUUGGUACCAUGUACUGCUUUGUUCACAUGAGCAUCCAAGAGUUCAUUGCAGCCCUUUAUGCACCAAAGAGUCUCUUUAUCAUGUGCCACAUCCCAGUCUUCUGCUGGAUUUCAGCCACUGUUCUCCAGAACAUUUUGGAGGAGAAAAGAAAUAAUGAUCAGAAAAACAAUCAGGCUGGUGAUGCCUCCAAAACACUGCAGAUAUCAAAUACUGAAGACAUUCCUAAGACUCUGACACAAAUGUACACACACUUUCUCCACUUUCAGAUCCAGCAGAGCAGACGAAAAUAUGAUGGAGAAUACACACCAGAUGUUUCCUGGGAUAAAGAUGCCAUUCUGUCACUGGGGAAACUGGCAUUUCAACAGCUGGAAAAAAACAACCUGAUCUUCUAUGAAUCAGAUCUUGAAGCCUGUGGUAUUGAUGUCUCUAAAGCAUCAGUGUACUCAAGCAUGUGUACCCAGAUCUUUAAGGAGGAAACGGGGAUCAUUCUUGGUACCAUGUACUGCUUUGUUCACAUGAGCAUCCAAGAGUUCAUUGCAGCCCUUUAUGCACAUCUGUUUCUAGACAAAAACAAGAAAAACACAUUUGUUCAAGAGUCUACAGAACAUGAAAACCAAAAUGACACCAUGAUUGAUUUGCUCAAGACUGCAGUGGACAAGGCACUCGAGAGUGAAACUGGACACCUGGACCUUUUCCUUCGCUUCCUUCUCGGUUUGUCACUUAAGUCUAAAAAAACACUCUUACGAGGUCUGUUGACACAGCAAGAUGGCAGUGACCAGAGCACAAAGGAAAUAGUUCAGUACAUCAAGCAGAAAUUAGAAGCUAAUCUGUCUUCAGAGAGAUCCAUCAAUCUGUUCUACUGUCUGAAUGAACUGAACGACCAAACUCUGGUGAACGAGAUUCAGACUCAACUUAGAGAAGGAAGUCUCUCAUCUGCUGAGCUUUCUCCUGCCCAGUGGUCUGCUGUGGCCUUUGUGUUGUUGACAUCAGAGAAAGAGAUGGAGGAGUUUGAGCUUCAGAAAUUCAAGAAAUCAGAUGAGUGUCUCAUUCGACUAUCACCAGUCAUCAAAACCUCCAAAAAAGCUUUGUUAGUAAUUUGUCACAUUUUGCACUCAUCUUAA